GGGAGUGGAGGGGGAGGAGUGGGGGGGGAGCCAGGGUUCACAAAGCCCGGGUCUCUGUCCCUAUCCAGGUCCAACCGGGACUGCCAGAUCGACCAGCACCACCGGAACCAGUGCCAGUACUGCCGCCUUAAGAAGUGCUUCCGGGUGGGCAUGCGGAAGGAGGGUGAGUGGGGCGGGGCCGGCGCCACCGACCUCGCUACCCUGCCCGCCGAUCUGGCCCUGGGCAGCAGGGAUCUGUUAGGUUCUGUGGGGGCCUCCUGGCUUGUGCCCAGGCCCCCCGGCUCACCGGCCCCCAGCCCCACACCGUGGCCCAUGGCCGCCGAGCGCGCCGUGGCCUUCAUGGACCAGGUGCGCGCCUUCCAGGAGCAGGUGGACAAGCUGGGCCGCCUGCAGGUGGACUCGGCCGAGUACGGCUGCCUCAAGGCCAUCGCGCUCUUCACGCCCGACGCCUGCGGCCUGUCGGACCCCGCGCACGUGGAGAGCCUGCAGGAGAAGGCGCAGGUGGCGCUGACCGAGUACGUGCGCGCCCAGUACCCGUCCCAGCCGCAGCGCUUCGGGCGGCUGCUGCUGCGCCUGCCGGCCCUGCGCGCCGUGCCCGCCGCGCUCAUCUCGCAGCUCUUCUUCAUGCGCCUGGUGGGCAAGACGCCCAUCGAGACGCUCAUCCGGGACAUGCUGCUGUCGGGCAGCACCUUCAGCUGGCCCUACGGCGCGGGCUCGGCGCAGUGACGCGCCGCCCGGACUCGUUUUCUAAGGACUGUGAAGUGUUUGUCUUUUCUGUUUUCUAAAUGAUCUCCAAACCAAAAAGCCGGGCGUGGCCCCGGCGCCCGGACCCGGGACCCCGGGGCGGAUCAAGCCAAUAAUAAAGCGUUUCCUACCCGC